AUGGCAUUGGCAUUUCAAUCACAUAAGCCAUUACGUAGCUGGCCCACCACAAAUUUUCAGGCCCAGAAAUACCAGAGUCAAAAGCCACAGAGUCCUUACUGCCCUCACUACAGCUCUGCUCACGAACCAUCGCUUCAAGACUCCCAGCCACGACCAGUAUCAGCUUCAUCGUGCUAUUCUGUACCCGAGACACUCCCAAAGAGAAAUCUAAAGAUAGAAGCUGCUUCUCAGCUUCGAUCUUUUUCUUCUGCUUCAGGUCGCAUUCUACGACCUCCGCUUCAACUACAUCAACGGCCUUUCUUGUCUUCAGAGAACAUUCGACCAGCCAGGCCUACUCCCGUCCGGAGAAGCCAGUCUGAUCCUGUCAAAGAUUGCAGUCUUGAGCCUCCUCCUGUUCCUCCGAAAGAUGAUGUUAUAACUCAUCCCCAACAAGGGCAUGGCCUGUGUGUUUCCGGCGAUAGUGAUUUCGAACCAGACAAACGCAACACCUUUGGAUAUACGGAACAUCCCACUACGUAUACUUCUUACUGGUCUGACCCUAGCUGCAGUGAGAGUGGGAGCAGUACAGAUGAUGAAGAAGAGUCCACGGAUGCCGGAGAAACUGACUUCGAAACAUCUGAUAUUGAGGACAGCUUGUUACACCUUUCCGUCAUUCAGGCUCAGCGUCUUUCUUUACACACUUGGAUUCUGAAUCCUACAACAGCUGAUAUCGAUGAUAAGCCGGGAUCCAAGUUGAACUGGAGAAGCCGAAUUGGAUACAGAAAUAUCGCCGGGCCUCAUCACUCGAAGGAAACAAAACGUUGGGGGAUAAUAUUUUAG